CCCCCACUUAUAGUUAAAUUUCUUGACCCCUUCCCAAAAAUGUCUAUACAACUUCCAAGUCUCAACGGAAAGAUUUCACUCAAAAACGACUCUACAAUACAUCAUUCCCCGCUUUUUAAUUUCCUGUUUACUGAUGUUUAUUGAUCCACAAAUAUGGAAAUUAAUCACUCCCCUUCUUCCUCUCUUCACCACAGUCUCUCUCCUAACCCACCACCACCUGAGCCGUCUGAUUUCUCCUAUAAACCCCAAAUCAACGGCCCUAAAUUAACCCGCAAGAUCAAGAAACGUUACCCUGAUGAAGCCUCCUCUGCUUCAUCUUCUUCCUCUAUUCAAAGAGGAAUUCGAAUUCCCAAUAAACGCAGAAACCCUAGAUUUUCCGUGCGCAGAAAUGCCACCGAUGUUGAAGCUAUUGCUUUCCCUCUUGGAAUGUCCAUUGCUGCCGUCUUGGCUCAGAUUCUGGAGAAGAAGGAUUUAUCAACUGAAAAUGCUCCCAUUGAUCAUCUGGCGAUGAUAUGCACUUCAGCUGUGAGGGAAUCUUUGACCAAUGUAUUUGGCAACAAGUUUGAUGCGUUUACAAGGAACUUUGAAAAAUCAUUUGGGAGUACCCUAAGCACUCUCAAAUUGAUAAAUAGAUCAUCUAUAGACUUUAAAGAAGAUCAAGCAAGGCAUAAUAAUGGUGGUAAUUGUAAUUCUGAUGCAACUCAGGCCUUCUGUAUAGACAGAGGAGAUUGUUCUGCAAGAUUCUGUGAUAUCGCUGAUGGUUGUACAGAAUCAAUAAAUCAGACUUCGGAGACUCAGGAGAAAUUGAAAAGGGUUGAGGAGGUAGAAGAUAUUCAGUGUCAGUUAGAAAAUAAUACUAGAAGCCGCGAGCUUGCCGUUCAAGGCUAUGUAAGCUCUCAAAUUGUUGUUCCAAACAUGCGGAAUUGCUUAAGUAACUCGGUUCUCAGUACAAUUGAGAAAUCAAUUGUUGAACAGACGCGUGCAAAUGACCUAAAAAGCGUCGAGAUAGGUCUAAUCAUGAAAAAGUUGCAGCUGAAAGAAACUCAGCUGGCUCUUGAUUCUGAUUUAAAUUUCUUGGAGAGAUGUAAAUUAUCUCUAGGAAUUUCAAGAACGUCAUUCAAAGCUGAGAAGUUCAAGACUCAGUUGGAAGAGACGAGACAUAGUGAGCUCCUUAAAAUAUGUGCAGACUUUCUUGUUGCUGAUUUGCUUAUAAUGCUGGGAUGCCUUGGUUAUGGAGUUUAUGCCUUUUCAUAUGACAAUCUACGUCAACUUACUAGGUCAUGCUCUGCUUCAGAGGUGUCCAAGUCGUGGUGGAUACCGAAGCCAAUGUCAUCAUUUAAUUCUGGUAUCCAGACCCUAAAUUGCCAGGUUCAAGUCUAUAGCAGGAUGCUAUUUGGUUUGCUGAUGAUUUUAGCAAUUGCAUAUGUGCUUAUGCAACGCUCUGAAAUUUCGAGACAGGCCAUGCCGAUUACCUUUUUGAUACUGCUUUUAGGAGUUGGCUGUGGUUUUGCUGGAAAGCUUUGUGUAGACACAUUAGGAGGUGAUGGAUAUCAGUGGCUCAUAUACUGGGAAGUUAUUUGCAUAUUACACUUCUUUGUGAAUGUUUUCACACCAUUCAUCUUUCCUAUCCUUAAUGGGGCGGUUAGGGUAUCUCAAGGGAAGGAUUACCGACCCAUAUUUCCCUUUUGGAUAAGGCGCUGGUUGUUCUAUGUCAUCCUCAUUUUGACUCCACUUUGCUGUGGUCUUUUGCCUUUUGCGAGCCCAAGAACGUGGUGGGACGAGCACUUCUCAAAAUUGAUCAGAAAUCAUUUGUUAACUGUCUAUGAUGAAACUCAUGAUGAUGUUGGAAGUGGUUUCCAUGAAUGAGAAGGAUGCUUUGUUUGCGACCUUGGAAGAGUUCACAGAUCACAGUCAAGUCAUAUUGUAAAGUUUAGGUUCUCUCUACUCAUUUUGAGUUUUUUCCUGCUGUAGUAGAAUGUAUGAUGCUAGCUUAUGUUUUGUUCUGCUGCAUGUGUAUCUAUAUAAGUAUUUAUAAGGCAAGCUGUCUUUUGUGUAUUCUAUCUAAUUGUGUCGGUAACGUAUUAUCGCAGUGGUUAUGCUAAUGAUUUUGCCUGUGUA